AAAUUCAAUCAAUCUUUUACGAUUUCUUUUGAUUAAAAAAUUCGAAAUACGAGAAUCUCAUCAGAUUGAGCCUCCUCCUUUUUCUCUCUCUUUACCUUCUUCUUCUCUGUUGUUCAAUCUUACAGCUCACCUCAGAUCGCUCACUGCAACAGUGCUUUGCUCUGCUUAAGGCAAAGCACCUCUGCGUUUGGUUCAUGACAUUUGCAAGACAGUGCAUGCCUUUGCGUGCUAAUGACUAUAGAACAGAAUGUAUUCGGAGAGACUCUCUGGUGAAGAAUCUCUUCGCCAAGAUUUUGAAGCUUUGAGUGUGUCAAAGCGUCUGAUGAGAAGUGUUAGCCAGAAGUUGAGGAAGAAGAAUCAGAGACCUGGAGGAGAAGAGGAGGAUGAUGCCAGGGGAAUAUCUUUGAGGUGUCUUACUCUGUAUGGUAGGGGUGGGGGUUGCAAAGUAGGUGCUGACACAGGGGAUGAUUUUGGGGAUCCGAGUAACCGGAGGAGGUCAAGUGCCAGCGAUGAAGGCAAGGGAUACAGACCGAUAUGUGGUACCGAGGAAUCUGGAAUGGACUGCUUCUCGUAUGGGGUAAGGGAGAGAUUUUGGAAGAAACAUAACAGAAAGGAUUUUGAGCUUGAAGAAUCAAUAAGAAAUAGCAGAAUGCACAUUUUUCUUCCAGAUGACAUAUUGGAAAUGUGCUUGGUGAGGCUCCCGCUAACCACUCUCAUGACUGCACGCCUUGUAUGCAAGAAAUGGAGACACUUGACUACUACUCCUCGGUUCCUGCAGAUGAGACGGGAAGGCUCACAUCAGAAUCCAUGGCUGUUUAUUUUUGGUGCUGUUAAAGAUGGUUAUUGCUCUGGUGAGAUUUAUGCAUUGGAUGUGUCUCUAAGCCAAUGGCAUGUGAUAGGUGCUGAUAUUCUAAAGGGGAGGUUCAUGUUUUCUGUCGCUAGUAUCCAAGAUGAUAUUUACAUUGUUGGUGGUUGCUCAAGCUUGAACAACUUUGGGAGGGUGGAUAGGAGCUCAUUUAAGACACACAAAGGGGUAAUGCUGUUCAGUCCCUUAACUAAAUCUUGGCGUAAAGUUUCACCUAUGAAGUUUGCAAGAUCAAUGCCUAUUUUAGGAGUUUCUGAGGUCACUUUAGAUUUUUCCACCAGUCAAAGUUAUCAAAAUCGCCAAGAUAGACGUAUUCCCAGAUCACGGUUAGGUGGAGUGUCAGAUGUUUAUGAAGAUCCUCACAGGCUUUCUCUUAGGCGUCAAUGCAGAUAUGCUGUUGAUGAAAAUGAGUCUUCGUUGUUGCCCAAUAGAAAGUCAUAUAAAUUUAUAAAGCAGAAAAGUGAUCACUCAUCCAUGAAGAGUCAUAGAAGGUUUGUGAUCAUUGCUGUAGGCGGUCUUGGAUCAUGGGAUGAGCCUUUAGAUUCUGGAGAAAUAUAUGAUUCUGUCUCUAAGAAAUGGACAGAAAUUCAAGGGUUGCCUGUGGACUUUGGGAUUGUUUGUUCUGGAGUUGUUUGUAAUGGGAUGUUUUAUGUUUAUUCCGAAAGUGAUAAGCUCGCAGGAUAUGACAUAGAAAGGGGUUUCUGGAUUGGAAUCCAAACCUCUCCUUUCCCACCCCGUGUUCAUGAAUAUUAUCCAAAAUUAGUAUCUUGUAAUGGCCGGCUUUUCAUGCUCUCUGUCUUCUGGUGUGAAGGGGAUGGUCAGAUAGGCCGGAGAAACAAGGCUGUUAGAAAAGUAUGGGAGCUGGAUCUCAUGUACCUUAACUGGACCGAGGUCUCAGUGCAUCCUGAUGCUCCAAUGGACUGGAAUGCUGCGUUUGUAGCAGACGGGAACAUGAUAUUUGGCAUUGAGAUGUUCAAAAUAUUUGGUCAAGUAUUGGAUUUUUUUACUGUAUGUGAUGUGUCUGAUAUGGAGAUGAAAUGGAGUCAUAUCUCAAGGAACCAUGUAACCCAUGAACUGGAUGCUUCUUCGUGCUUGACUAAAUCAAUGGCUGUACUACAUCUGUAAGUGCACAGCUUAUAAAGUUUUCCGCGCAUGGUAAUUCGCAGAAACAGAAAAUUACACGCAUGAUCUUGAACUCUCACUCACGAGCACUUUGGGCGUACCUGCUACUGGCAAAUUUGAUGUUGAAUCCUCUUGGUGUAAUCAUUUCGUAUCCUGGUGUAGAUUUGAAUGGAGGUUCUUAAUAAAAACCCUGAAUAGAGAGAUAAGGUAUGCUCAUGUAGUCUUGGAUGUUAUUUGUUCACCAACAUUCAUAAAAUUGAUUCUGUAAUUUAUGUCUCCCGUAUGUUAAUUGUUUCCACCUCAUGUGUUGUAACUAUAUUGAAUUUGGUCCUGCUGUUAUUAUUUCUAAAAUGAGCAUCAAGAUUUUUGGGCACUUUUCAAGCCUCUUAAAA